AUGGUGGCGUUGACCGGACUCGCCGUCCUGCUGCUGGGCUGCGCGGGCCUGCUGCACGGCUCCGGCGAGUCCCGCGGCGCCCGCUACCUGCUCCACUGCCCCACGGGCUGGUCCUACUACAAGCUCAGCUGCUUCAAGUACUUUCGGCAGCUCCGGAGCUGGGAUGAGGCUGAGGCGCAGUGCCAGGCCAGCCAGCCCGGCGCCCAUCUCGCCUGGCUGGAGGAGCCGAGCGAGGUGGCCACCAUGAGGAAGCUGGUGUCCUUCUACCAGCGCACCCAGCCCUUCUGGAUCGGCCUCCGCUGGGCGCAGCAGGACCAGGCCUGGCGCUGGACCAGCGGGGCCGAGCACAGCGAGGCCAGCGGGCUCCCCUGGAGCGGCGCCGGCGGCGGGGCCUGCGCCAUGCUGCCCCACGUCGGCGGCUUCUCCCAGUGGGCCGGCGCCGACUGCGCCCAGCGGCACCAUUUCCUCUGCAAGCUCACGCCGGCGGCCUGAGCGCCGCCACCGCGCCUGGA